AUGGCUUCUUCUUCUUCUUCUUCUUCUGCUCCAGCAGUGGAUGUGACGGUGAAAGAUCACAAAGGUCAAACCGCACGUGAAACAACCACUAAGUAUGGUGAAUCCGAUGGUGCUGCAGGUGUUACGACCGCUGAUGCGAAAAACCAACCAUCAGCACCAACAAAAGCGUCAGUGCUGGUACCAGACGCGGCAAAAGUUCAUGAAAAAGACACUGCCGCAACCACCAGCACGGACGAUUUGUUCUCGUCAAAAUCCAAAACUGACUGGAGCGCGGAAGGAGGCGACUGGGAGAUCGACAGUGAAGACCCGAAUUACACAGCAGGCGAUGCCACCAUCACAUGUUGCAAGUGUGUUAUCCUCUGA